GCGGGGCGCGGCGCAGGUGAGGCGAGCAGCCUGCCCAUAGUGGCGGUAAACUCGCCUCGCGCCGGCGCCCCGUCGCUCAGCCCCUCAAGCUGGAAGCAGCCGCCCCGGGUGCCCCGGCUGGGCCCUGCCGCUCCCGCGCCUUCCCCUCGCGGGGCACUUUCUGCAGCCCGUGGGUCAGAGGGCGCCGGGCCCCAGCGUGCCUAGCGCCAGGCUGGUCUGAGUGCCCGGCCGGGCCGCGGCCUCCCCCUCAGCCCAUGGGAUCGCGGAGCCGGGCCCAGCUCGCAGCGAGCCCCGCUUGGCGCCCGCGACGUGUUAUCAGCGCCAGGCCCUGGCGAGUGUCGAGCUCCCCCUGUGCCCCCCGGCCCGGCGGAGUCUGAUGGGAAGAGGGGCUCUGCUGUAGCUAAGCCCCGGGCCUCCCCAGAGCCUUGUCCUCCUGGAGGAGCCCGGGCCGCGAGCGCUGCUCAGCGUCCCGUGCUGAUGCCAUUGUUGGCGGGAGGGUGCUUCCCGGGACCCGCCCCGCCGGCAGGCAGCGCGGAGAGCUCCCGGACUGUCACAGGAGAGCCCAGUGCUGCCUUAGCAGCUGGAGGAGGCAGUGAGCGGAAGGCGGAUGGAUGCUGGGUCUGUGCGGCCCUGAGCCCCAGCCAGUUUGCAAACCCAAGCAUCAGCCCGGGCGGCGGGAGCAUGUGCAGCUGUAGCAGGCACCUGGCAGGGAGCCGCACGCUGGGGAUGUGAACCAGGCGGGGAGGAAGGCCUUUCCUUGACUCAUCAGAUAAAUCCAGCCCCCCAAGGCGACUGGUGAGCCAGAGACUGAGCGGCGGCAGCAGCAUGGCAGGGGACAGCGAGCAGAGCCUGCAGGAGCACGAGCAGCCCGGCGGCGAAGAGCCCUUCCUGAUCGGGGUUAGCGGCGGCACAGCCAGCGGCAAGUCCUCAGUCUGUGCCAGAAUCGUCCAGCUACUGGGCCAGAACGAGGUGGAUUAUCGCCAGAAGCAGGUGGUGAUACUGAGCCAAGACAGCUUCUAUCGGGUCCUUACCUCUGAGCAGAAGUCCAAGGCACUCAAGGGCCAGUUCAACUUUGACCACCCAGAUGCCUUUGACAACGAGCUCAUCGUCAAAACGCUCAAAGAGAUCAUGGAAGGGAAGACAGUCCAGAUUCCUGUCUAUGACUUUGUUUCCCAUUCCAGGAAGGAGGAGACAGUGACUGUGUACCCAGCUGAUGUGGUCCUCUUUGAGGGCAUCCUGGCCUUCUACACCCAGGAGGUCCGGGACCUCUUCCGGAUGAAGCUAUUUGUGGACACUGAUGCAGACACCCGGCUGUCCCGCAGAGUGUUACGGGACAUCAGCGAGCGAGGCCGGGACCUUGAGCAGAUCUUGUCUCAGUACAUUACCUUCGUCAAACCAGCCUUUGAGGAAUUCUGCUUGCCAACCAAGAAGUAUGCUGACGUGAUCAUCCCCAGGGGGGCAGAUAAUGAAGUGGCCAUAAACCUGAUCGUGCAGCACAUCCAGGACAUUCUGAACGGAGGACACAGUAAACGCCAGAUCAACAGCUGCCUGAACGGCUACACCACUCCAUGCCAGAGGCAGCCUUCUGAGUCAAGUAGCCGGCCACACUGACCCCAGGCCUUGGGGUGAGGUUGGGGGUGGAUGGUGGUUGGGCUCUGCUGCAGCUGAUUUGUCCGUACUGUGUCCAGUCACCCCUCCUCCCCCGCCCCCAGCCUCCCGAUAUUUAAGUAACUAGAUGGAGACACAUGCCUUUAAUUUUGUAUCUUGGAAAUGAGAGAGGAGCAUCUGGAUACCCAUAAUCUCAGAUGCCGCUGGGGAUGCCUACCGCUGGCUUCGCUCAGUAACCACUCCGGCACGGAACUGGCUAUCAAUACAGAAUUGCUCUAUUUUUGUGUAAAAAGAACAAUGUAAAACUACUUGCCAUAAGGUAUUUGCCAGGCUUGGUAUUGCUGAGGGCAGCUGGGACAAGGGAGCGGGGCGGGGAGAGAAGCACAUGGGUGCUGCUGGUGUGGGGAACUGGUAAGUGUGGGAGGGGGAAACUGUACCAAAGGCUUCAAACUAGGUGACCAAGCGGCCUAGGAACCAGAAGCAGCCACCCCAUGGCUGGGGCGCGUGCGUGGCAGGCUCGGUGUGGCGCAUACUGUGAUGUUUUUGCUCUUGGCCUGCGUGGCUGUGUGUGGCCACACAGCUGCUGUGCCUAUUCUGCAGGAGGGUGCUGGGUUUGGUUGGCAGGGAGGGGUGGAGUAGGGGAGAACAAUGGCUGAAACCUCUGCUGCCCUUUCCUACUCUGCUUUCCCUCCCCUAUCCCUGCAAGCUGCCUGCCUUGCCCAGGCUCCCCAGCGCUCCUGCCUGAGUCACUCAGCACUGCCCCUCCCGCAGCUGACUUCCUGCUGGCUGUGGUUUUGGGGCUGGAGUGAUUCAUCCCACAAAGAACUGGCUGGGGGGUGGGGAGGGGGUGGAUUUUGAAGGGAUGAAAUUCUGGGCUUGACUAUUAACAGCCACUGGCCCAUCUGAUUCUUCCCACACAUCUGGGUGUCAAGAGCACCUCGCCCCUGUCUGGCUACAAGUGACUGGGGGCUAUCCCCAGCUGCCUGGAGUUUGUUAGUGGGGGAGGCCUGGGGCCAUGGGUGGGGCAAUAUGAUAGAUGUCAGUGUGCUCUAGCACCACCCCUUGGCCAGCUGCUGAAAUAGCAAGAGCGCCAGGCGAGAGCUCGGCGGUGCCUGUUUAGUGUGUGGGGUUGGGGGUGGGAGGGAAACGUGCUUGCUGUCUGAAGGGGGCCUUGCUCCUCUGCGAGUGGGGUUUGAGCUGAAGCUCUGCUUACAGCAUCUCUGAAGCUGCUCCCCAGAGCAGCCCCUCCCAGAAAGCCCUGCAGCGUAAUGCUAUGCCAGGGCACUGCAGCGUUGGCACGGGGGGGGGCGUGGCCUGUGAAGAGCCUAGUGCUGCUGGCACUCUGGGGCCACCCAAGAGCAAGCCUCUCUGAGACUGGAACCUCUGCCCCUAGAGAAGCCCGGCCCCAUGCCCAAGUUCUACUUGAAGCUACCAGGGCAAACCACUGAGUGCCUUGGCUGGGAUUUGGGCCAGAGGAUCAGACUGUCUCCAUGCUCUCCAGACUGCUACCUGCUUUCUUUGCCAGCUGGUGGGAUCUUCUCCCCGCUGGUGCUGGGCAAAGCAACGUCUUUUUUCAGGAUCCUUGAAUUAGCAUUGGGCUUGCUGUUCGCUCAGAGCCCCCUGGGCACGUGCCCCCUCUAUCCCCAUUACUAGAGAAGCAAAGGGCUGAGCAGUCACUGCUAUUGGGAGUAUGGUAGAGGGCAGGUCUAGAGGGGCCAUCCUGACUGGGCUGGGGUGUUAGCCCCCCAAAUUACUUCAGAAUUGGCUUGGUUGAGGAUCUGAGCUGGAUUGGACCUGGAGCAAGUUCUCUGCUCCUCUAGAAGGUGCUAAACCCACAUGUGCCUGUGUUCAGGCCCCAGCCUGCCAGUAUUGCCUUGGGAGACAGUAUCCAGAAGCACUUGCUCUUUUCCCAGAGCUCUGCAGAGACCAAAGCCAUGACAGUUCAUUCCCAGGGGCAGGUGGCCGUGCAGGCUGAGUGUGACUGUGCCAUGAUGUGGUACAGACUAUGGGACUUCAUCAAUUUAGUGCCACUGCCCAGUGCUGCAGCUGUCAGGCACAGCUGUGCUUGAGGGGCUGUCACUGCAGUGAUAAGGACCCCCCAAGAGCCCCCAUGGGGGGGAGGGAUGGUUCUUGAUGGGGAAGGAGCAGCACUGGAAAGGGUCUCUUAAGAACUGAGGAAUCCCGCAGUGCUAACCUUCUCAUGUCCCAUUGAGCUCUGUGCUGUGGCUUCUGCCCUCAAGCCUGCUGGUGCUUUGCUCUCCUUUUCCCUAAGCAGCUCCCUGCGUGGGACCGGGUGGCUUCCUAGGGGGCUCACUGUCUGCUUUAUGAGCUGUGUUCAGAACCAGGCUCCUGUGCUUUGGGGUGAGCCUUCAAACCUCAGGCUUAUUCUUGCCCCUCUGUGGCCAUCUGGAGUCCUGCGAGGCUGCUGCCUGGUCCUGUUCUUGGGCUAACUAAUAAGGAAUAACCUAGAGGCCUGGCUUCUUAGAGAAAAGAGUUGCUUAUUCACCUUCUGCUGGCUCUUCCCUCCCUUCCAACUGAACAGGGAUGAAAGAAGUAGCAGUGUGUGUUAGGCUCUCUGAGACCCCAAGGGGAUAAAGAAGGGAAUAGAUGCCCCAAGUCAGCACUGCCAGGGGCAAAACCAUUCCCUCUCCUAUGGUGGGAUGCGGAAGCCCUUCUCCCCUCCACCCUGUCCAGAAACCCCCCAACCAACUCCUGAGGCAUGGCAAUCUCCCUACUCCUGAGACCCAGUGACGCCUGGGUUGCCCCAGGAGGGCCAGAGGCCAGCCCUUAGGUGACAAGUGGCUGGAGCCCUACAGAGGGGGAGAGGUUUCCAGGGGCUGGAGGCUCCACCUGAGUGGGGUGGCUUUCAAGACUGAUGUACUGUUCUGCCCUUCCCUGUAAAUAAAGAUGAAAUAACUGGA